AUGCCGCAUGCGUCAACUAACAAAACCCCAGCGGAAAUGUUUCUAAAUCGGAAAAUAUCCACUAGACUAGACCUAAUGAUUCCGCAAAACAGUAAUUUAAAUACUCAUUAUGAUACUAUAGAAAAUGUAAAAACAUUUGCUUGCGGAGAGAGAGUUGCGUGUCGGAAUUAUUCCGGGGGAGAAAAAUGGAAGUUCGGUGUAGUAUCGGCAAGAAAGGGGAAACUGCAUUAUACAAUCCAUUUAGACGAUGGCCGCUCUUGGGAAAGACACGUAAAUCAGAUGCGCAAAAUCGGAAAAGAUACUCCUACAACCUGUUUAGAAAACGACCACUAUUAUUGGGAUUCUGAACAGUCUCGGGAACCGGUACGCUCGAACAGUCCUGUAACGCUAGACACGGAGAAUUCUCCGGAGGUGCUAGAAAAGGUUGCGCCAGUUUCCUCACAGACCAACCAAGAUGUUAAUAGGGAAACUAUAUUAGAAACUCAGCGUCGCUCUGCUAGAACUAAGAGACGCCCAGAUUUCUUUUCCGAGCGUACAGAGAAGUAG